CCGCCUCUCGCUGGCACCCCCAAACGCAGGCGGUGAUUGGGCAGUGCAAAUGUCUCAACUCCCCUCGUCCACCGAGCACCGGUUGAGCACAUUCUGUCACUUGCGCUAGCGUUAAAUGGAGGAACGUCCCUGCGAAGGGGCAAUCGGAGUAUUUAUCAGCCAUGGAGCAGAGAACAGCCCUGAUCGAUCGAACAUAUCGGUAAACAAUGAUCAGAACCACAGUCAGCUCCAGAACGAGAAAACGCAGACGAAGAAAACAGAAAAUGGCAAAGUAAAUGGAACUUUGAAGGAGGGAGAGGUGACUCCCACUUCCUUUAACCCAGACAGCUCCCUGCACCCUGCAAACAGCAAUGGCGAAAGACACCUGCUAGACAUCAACUUGAAACAGAAGCCCACUCGACGGGCUUUCACUGCUGACUCCACAGGGGACAGAAAAGGUAGAAACACUAGCAGAAACAGCAUGGACUUCAAAAAUGACAAGUCCUCAGACUUGAACACACUUGAGGGCAAAAAAGAGGUUUUGGCUUCUCUGAAUGGUGUGAUUUCGAUCAACUCUGUACCACUUACCAAUGGUUACCCUAGCAAACCUGGAGCUGACAAUGAUGGCAGUGGCUCUGAGAGUGGAUACACUACACCCAAGAAGCGUCGGGCCCAGAGGAAUGGCAAAGCUGGAGACAAUGUGACUGCGUCUGCCCAGGGAAAAGCCAUGCAGCAGGGCGGCAAACAAGAGCAUGGGCAUUUGGCACUGGAGUCAACCUCUGGUCCUCAAGUGGAGAGUGGCAGAGGCGGUUCAAAAGCUGAGCCCUACCUAAAAGCCAAGGAACCACCUGCCUGUGCCACCCCACCUCCUCUGCCAGUGACUGAACUUCAACGCAAAAACUCAGACAGCAAGGCAGCUGGCAAACGAUUCGAGGAUCGCUCAAGCAAGGUUAAGGUGGCUAGCUCCACCAAAGAGGACUCAUGGACCUUGUUCAAGCCUCCACCUGUCUUUCCUGUGGACAAUAGUAGCGCUAAGAUUGUGCCUAAGAUCAGUUAUGCAAGCAAAGUAAAGGAGAACCUCAAUAAGACUGCCCAAGCUGGCGGGGAGGCUCUCACUCCUGCUCCCCAGGUGCCUGGGAGACCAUCACAGGUCCCCAUGUCAGCGGUGAAAACCAUCACCUCGGCUAGCUUUACCAACGGUCCCCUGCCGGGGGAAGGGAAUGGCUGUCCCCUGCCCGGCCCCCAUUUCAGCUCUGGUCCUCUACUGGCGACCCCAACCGUUGCCACUGAGAAUGUAGCAUCUCCCCCUGGUAGCGGCACUAUGGCCAUUGGAAGUUCUACCACCUCUUUGGCUGAGCCCAGGAAGCCCAGCUUAUUUGUUUACCCCAUCACCCCCUCCAAUAUGCAACUCUCUCUCCCUAGCGGCCGCCAAGCCGAUCCCCCUGCUGCUCCGACAAAUCAGAAGUCUCUGGGGGAUAUUUUUCAGAAUCAAUGGGGCUUGUCCUUUAUCAAUGAACCUAGUGCCGGACCAGAAGGUGUGGCAUGUCGCUCAAACGGGAAGGACGUGCUGACGGAGGUGAGCUUUCAGGGAGGCUCUCCUGUGGCCACUCAGACCUCCAGUACCUCUCAGAGACCGGAUCAACCACCCUUCACCAAGGCUCAUGAGCCAGACAAACGGACUAAUGCUCAGAGUCGAAGUGUGUGUGGAGGUGCCACGGCGGCAAGUGGGGCCGUACCCGAGACCUUUGUCCUCAGCCUGGAUACCCAGAGGGAUGAGACGGGGGUUCAUGGUGCAAUAGUGUUUUGUUCUUCCUCUAAGGACAUUUGUGCCGAGCUGCCUCCCUCCUCUCCAGCUGCACCUAAGGUGGCUUUGGCCAAGGACCAGGGCCAUGCUAAGGGCUUUGACAGGAGGUCUAGUUGGGGGUCGUUUGAUCUAAAAGCUGCUGUAAUUUAUCACACUAAAGAAAUGGAAUAUAUUUUGAAUUUGCAAAAACAAGAUCCAAAUCGAGUAGUCCUCUUCAGUGAGUCAUGGGAUGGACCUGCUCAAUGAGGCUGUGUCUGGACACUAUAUCUCAGAUGAACUCUGCUGCAAAACGAUGCGCUUGAGGAACAUGGCUGCUGCCUCUGAACAUCCCGAAUCAGAACUAAUCCAAUCUUAAGAUGGUUUAGUAAGGACCUUGUUACCCGUCAGCAGUCAAGGAUGUGCGCAGAGGAACAGAGUGCGCUUGAGAAAAACGGGUUAGCUGAUUUUAGAAUAUUAGAACGAGAGCAGUGGAACUCAACUCAACGCAUUCUAGUGGAUAUGUUGCUGAAGACAAUUGAAAUGGCUUUUGGGGGGCAUACAACUCACGGCAAACACUCAUGAAAACCCUGUCAUGACAUUGGAUUGGGGCGUAAGCUUCUCCUUUAAGUACUCACGGACCUAAAGAGAGCGUCCUGGAGGAAGACAUGUCACCACGUGUCCCCUUUUGAAUUCAAAUAAUCAUGUAGACUCAAAGUGGUCACAAUGAAUUCAUUUGGGCACAGAACCGAAGAGUGUCACUCAACGGUGAAUUAACAUACUGUGGCUAGAGGAACUACGUGGCUUUUUCUUUUUCAGGGGAAUCGAGCUCCAUAUAUGUGUGUGGGGGCAGUUAGUUCAAGCCUUUGGGAUUAAAUAAUUGUCUUAAUUUAAUUUCUGGACAAGAUUGGGUCAGUCCUGUUAGAAACACAUCUCCAUUUGUUUGUCUUUUUUUUUUUUCUUUCUUUCGUUUUUAUCGAAAUACUUAACUCCCAGGGCAGGUUAUGAGGUACACUUGGAUUGGGAAAGCGUACACCCUAUAGUGUGCAUGUGCAGUAUGCUGCUCUGUGCAUCCUCUUAUGGAAGAGUUCAAAGUGCUAUCGUUCUAUAGUCUUACUGUCGUCUCUUCACGCUUCUGUCACAUGACAGCCGUCUCUUGCUCAUUGUGUGAGAGUGUGCAAACAGAGGGCAGAGAUCAUGCUAUACUAUAUCUUGAGUGUUUUAUGUUUUAAAUUUUUUUUUUAAGUAGCGACUAGAACCCAGAACUAAUCGAUAAGACGUGCCACACCACACUUUAGCGCUAAUAGGUUCAUUAUGGCUAUAUUAUUUCAUUUUUGUACAGCUGCUCUUUAAAAUAGGGGUUUGGUUUUUUUUUUUGCCUAGAAAAGGUUUAAUUUGGGACGUCGACACAAUUUAGAGGGAACCUAGAGAGCAAUCGCUGACAAACGAUCCAUUUUAUUUUUAAUUUAUUUCACUUCAGAGACUAGAAGGCCCUAGCUUUUCUUUUUAUUCAAGCGCCACGGUCAUAUUUUUAUGCUUUUAUCUCUUGUAUGUUGUAAUUUGUACCUGGUUUUCAUGCUUCUUGGUUAAGCACACACACACAAGCCUCAUCAGUAGAACCGCCGUUGACAGGAAUUCUGCCGUUGUGUAAAUGUUUCUCUUUCUAAUGUCAGAAAAAAAAGCAUUUUAAACGUAAAGUCUAUGCUCUGUUUUUAUCAUUUCACAGAUUAAUUGAUUUAUACAUAAGAAUCAGUAGCACUUUAUGUAUUAUGUUCUUGAAUUGUAUUUCCUUAAACAUUGACAUAUCAGUACAUAUUUGAAAUUCUAGUAAUUAAUCAUAGGCUACUAACUUUAACCUCUACCUAAGGACUGUCGGUCCACAAUCUCAAAAGAAAAUGAAUAAAUACAAAACUAUAAAAUAAAAAAAAAAGGAAAAAGGAAAUAGAAUAAAAAAAAGACACUCAGGUAGAAUUAGGGCAGUGUUCUUCUAUCUAACGAAACAAACAAAAAAAAUGCACCAACAGUGUUAUUGCCAAAAAUGAAAAGAACAUCCUAUGUUUGUACCAGCCGUUUUUUAAAUUGUAACCUUUUAAGGGAUUUAGUUUUUGACUGAAAGCCAACGCUUGCAUCUUUACAGGUAUCAUUUGGCAUCUAUGUUUUCUGUACAUGACCAUGAAACACUGCCAGGUGAAAGAUUUAAGUACACGUGGAGGAAGAAGUUAACCACACUACGUAUCUAUAUGUCUUUCCUUUGCGAGUUUUUUUUUUUUUAGUUUAAGGUUUUAAAUUCAGCAUGUAAUGGUUUCCAAUGUGGUCAGUCUUCACGAAACGUGGGAUGUUUCGCGAUAUUCAUUAAUCCGUUUAUGUUCUCUUAGGUAUUCAAAGUCUGUCCGGUGUCUUGGUUUAAAAGAUACUGCAAAAACUCUGUUGAUGAAAAGGUUGUUAAAUUCUGCUUCAUCUUCUCUAAUUCCGUUGGAUUCCACUUAAAAGCUUUGUGCAAUGUAGAGAAAUCCUGCGAUUUGAUAAUUAGCUUGUUUCUUGGCUUUUUAGCUGUUCAGUUUUAUUGUAGUUAUCUAAAUUGUCUUUAAACUGCUCACAUAGAGCAUUAUUCUUUAUUUUGAUAUCCAAGGGAUUUGCUUAAGGAGUUACUGAAGUAGCUGUAAUUUAAAACCAUCUGUUAUUACGUUUUAAAUGAAUUAUGAAAUACCUCUUUGAACACGCAUUGUCCUGGUAUCCCUAUUUCCACUUAAAGGGAUCAUUUGCUUCGAAAUUAGGAUUCUGUCAUUACUUAAUGUAACUUCAUGUCGUUCCAAACUUGAUUGCGUCUACCACUUGGAAUAAAACUUAAUGGCAUCCAGUGCUGCUUUGGUGCUCAUCGGCUUUUACUGUAUAGAUUAAGAAAAAAACAGCUUUGGAACAACUUGAGGAUGAUUAAAUCAAUGCAGAUUUCUCAUUUUUGAGCGAACCCUGCCCUCAACUCAGUUACAUCUUUGUAAAUGAACUGAUCCUGGCCAUUGUUUUGAAAAACUCAACUCCAGGGGUCAAAUGCACAUGUAGAGGUUCUAUGCACAGAAUGCAAAACAGAACAGAUUUAUAUUCUGGGGGGUUGCACAUUAGCUUAAUUUCCUCGAUUUAAAUAAGCACUUACUACCCCACAAAUAAUAUAAUUGCAAUAUAAAUUAUUUACACAAAUCUUAAAUAGCUCCCUUUAGUGUUUAAAGAAUUGGGAGUAUGUGCGGAUGGGAGAGAGGUACAGAGAUACAUAAAAGGUGUAUGUCAUUGUGAAUUCUGUACCAUGAUAAUGCAUCUUUGUUGGCAUAUUCAAAUUACAUGUGGUUUCUUGAUGUAUGAAUGAUUCUUGUCUUGUCCUGACAACUCAAUUUUUUUUUUCUUCGCGUGUGGAUGCAUAUGUGUGUUGGUGUGCAAGCAUGAGUAUUUGUCUUCAUCCAUAUGCUCAAUGAUAUGCAAAGUUAAUAUUGCGAACUUUUCAAGUUCAGGGUGCCUGUGUUAAGCGAUAUAUUAAACGGAAUCACAUCAGAACAUGGAAAAAAAUCUUGCUUUUCCUUUUCCCCUGAACCCACACCUCCUAUUACUCCCCAACAAUCUUCAGUUGUGCCAUGUUUUGACUGUUAAAAGUUUGAAUUAAUAUUUCAUUUUUAUGUUGCUCUCUCUGAGUUUCCUACAGUGGACAUAAAGAGAGGGUUACAUUGUCUCGAAUCUUUGUCACUGCUAAUAAACUUGUUGAAAAGA